AUGGAAGGAGGCUUGAACCAUAUGAUCAAGACCCCAUUGUUGUCAUGUGAAGAUGAAAAGGCCAACAAACAUGGUUUAGUUGGAAGCAGUAACUCUGUUGCUGCUAUGAAAUGUGAUUUCCUCUCCAAAUUGCCUGACAAGGUUCGGUCUGGCUUCGAUCCUGAGGCCCCUUUUCAUCUUAACCUUUCUAAAACCACUGGCUUGAUAGAAGGGGAAAGAGAAUACUAUGAGAAGCAAUUUGCCACCCUAAGGUCUUUUGAGGAAGUUGACUCUCUAGAAUCACCCCAUGUCAUUGAUGAAGAGGAAGAUCGAAAAGAACAAGCCCAGCAUGAGAGAGCAAUGAACAUUUCUAAUUGGGCAAACAUCUUUCUGCUCGCUUUUAAGCUAUAUGCUACACCAAAGAGUGGAUCCUUAGCUAUUGCAGCAUCAACACUAGAUUCUUUGCUAGAUCUUAUGGCUGGUGGUAUACUUUGGUUCACACACUUGUCAAUGAAAAACAUAAAUAUCUACAAGUACCCUAUUGGGAAAUUGAGAGUGCAACCAGUAGGCAUCGUCAUAUUCGCAGCUGUCAUGGCUACUCUUGGCUUUCAAGUGCUUGUCCAGGCCCUAGAACAACUGAUCAAGGACAAACCUUCUGAGAAGAUGACUUCAGAAAACUUGAUCUUGUUGUAUGCCAUCAUGCUGACAGCUACUGGGGUAAAACUUGUCCUUUGGUGUUAUUGCAGAAGCUCUGGAAACACAAUUGUCCGCACGUACGCGAAGGAUCAUUAUUUUGAUGUGGUAACAAACAUAGUUGGUUUGGUUGCUGCUGUUCUUGGUGAUAAAUUCUGUUGGCGGAUUGACCCUGUUGGGGCUAUCAUCCUAGCAUUCUACACAAUUUCCAAUUGGUCCGGAACUGUGCUAGAAAAUGCAGUUUCUCUGGUUGGACAAUCAGCUCCUCCUCAAAUGUUGCAGAAAUUGACAUAUCUCAUCCUAAGGCACCACAGUUUAAUCAGACGUGUCGAUACAGUUCGUGCCUACACGUUUGGGGUUCUUUAUUUCGUUGAGGUUGACAUAGAACUGCCAGAAGAUUUGCCUUUAAAAGAAGCUCAUGCAAUUGGAGAGUUAUUGCAAAUCAAGAUCGAAGAGCUCCCAGAAGUGGAACGGGCGUUCGUUCAUCUCGAUUAUGAAUGUUACCACAAGCCAGAGCACUCUGUUCUGAGCAGGCUCCCCAGCAGCCAUGCUUAAUUUCGAGUUCCCCAUGAAACAAUGCCCUGUUGUUUUUGGUGAUUGAGAUAUGUGUGAGAAUGUGAG